AUGGGUUUCGUCGCACAUCGAGCAGGACAGGCGCUGGAGUUGAAUCUUUGGCCACCCAGUGCGGCAGUCACGUUAGCCGCUCUUCCGUACCUGAAAAGCUUCUACGACAGUAUCUACGAGCGAAUGUUCGGCAAGUUGGAGCGAAGAUGGAUUGCGGAGGUGCAGCCGCACCAGUUGGAUACAAAUGAUGGUAAUGCGCUGCCCGUGCAUCCUGAGCCAGACCGACCCAAUGACGACAACAGGGUUCUGAUGACUAUCAACUCGGAAGGCAACACUUGGCAAUCUGGCGGAUAUUGUCCUCGGAGCGCUCGCGCUCCCAGCCAUAUCUGCCUCGAUGGGCGGACUGCUAACGUACAUUUUGCCCAAUUCUGCCGUGAUUGUGUUGAGCAGAUGUUCCUCGGGCGCAAUCAAAGACGAAGAAUUGCAUCCUCCUCUAUGUUGUGUGAAAGGGCGGUUGAAUGGACUGCUAAAGAUCGAUCGCACAUACUGCGCGGAGCCGACAUGUUCGAAGCUGAUUCCUCCAUUUGCCAAACAGAAUGA